CUUCCAUAAACGACAAAGCCAACUCCAUGCGCAGGCAUCGGCUCUUCCUGUCUGCAGCUUCUUCUGCCAAGAAGAAGCCACAGCCUGAAGUCCAGGAGGAGGAUUCCUGUGAGUAUGGGUCACCGACGUAUCUGUUAUUCUGUUCUCUGGGUGGCGUCUUGAGCUGCGGCGUGACCCAUACGGCUGUCGUGCCCCUGGAUGUUGUGAAGUGUCGGAUGCAGGUGGACCCGUACCGCUACAAAGGCCUUGUGCAAGGCCUAAACCGCACUGUGCAUGAAGAAGGAAUGCGUGGCCUUGUCAAAGGAUGGGCCCCAACAGCCAUCGGCUACUCAAUGCAAGGACUUGGCAAGUUUGGUCUCUAUGAGUUCUUCAAGAUCUACUACACCAACUUGUUGGAUGCUGAACAAGCCUAUCUGUGGCGAACUAGCAUCUACCUAGCGGCUUCAGCUAGUGCUGAGUUCUUCGCUGACAUUGCAUUGGCCCCCAUGGAAGCAGUCAAGGUCCGGAUCCAGACUCAGCCGGGCUAUGCAAACACGCUGAGGGAGGCUGUGCCCAAGAUGUACUUUGAAGAAGGACUAUGGGCUUUCUAUAAGGGAGUCUCUCCACUGUGGAUGCGACAGAUCCCCUACACCAUGAUGAAGUUCUCUUGCUUCGAGCGCACCGUGGAGGCUCUCUAUAAGUAUGUCGUCCCCAAGCCACGGGAUAAGUGCAGCAAGAUGGAGCAACUGGGAGUGACGUUUAUUGGUGGAUAUAUCGCAGGCAUCUUCUGCGCAGUAGUCUCACACCCAGCUGAUUCUGUGGUGUCGGUGCUCAACAAAGAAAAGGGCAGCACGGCCAUCGGUGUCCUCAGGAGGUUGGGCAUGUAUGGCAUCUGGAAAGGCCUCUUCACCCGCAUCCUGAUGAUCGGCACCCUCACUGCUCUGCAGUGGUUCAUCUAUGACUCUGUUAAGGUUUAUCUCAGAUUGCCUCGCCCCCCACCACCUGAGAUGCCUGCUUCUUUGAAGAAGAAACUCUCCCAAAAAUAGUCACUCAACAUGUGGUCUCUGGU